AUGGCGUCUGCUUGGUGGCCUUGGGUCCUCGUCUUGGCUCUGCUCUCUGGCUUGGCAGCCUCUGGCUUUCCAAGAAGCCUCCUCCGGUUGCGUGGGAAACGGAGCCUCCCGGAAGGGGUGGUUGACGGCAUUGAGAUCUACAGUACCAAGAUCAGCUGCAAGGUGACCUCCCGCUUUGCUUGCAAUGUUGUCACCACGAGGGCUGUCAACCAUGCAGACAAAGCCAAGGAGGUUUCCUUUGACGUGGAGCUCCCCAAGACAGCCUUCAUCACCAACUUCACCUUGACCAUUGAUGGUGUUACUUACCCUGGAAACGUCAAGGAGAAGGAAGCCGCAAAGAAGCAGUAUGAAAAGGCUGUGUCACAGGGCAAGACAGCUGGUUUGGUCAAGGCCUCUGGGAGGAAGCUAGAGAAAUUCACAGUCUCAGUCAACGUGGCAGCGGGCAGCAAGGUCACCUUUGAGCUAACCUAUGAGGAGCUGCUAAAGAGACACAAGGGCAAGUACGAGAUGUACCUGAAGGUCCAGCCCAAGCAACUGGUCAAACACUUUGAGAUCGAGGCACACAUCUUUGAGCCCCAGGGCAUUAGCAUGCUGGAUGCUGAAGCCACAUUCAUCACCAAUGACCUUCUAAGCAGUGCCCUUACCAAGUCCUUCUCAGGGAAAAAGGGCCACGUGUCUUUCAAGCCCAGCUUAGACCAACAGCGCUCAUGCCCAAGCUGUACAGAUUCCCUUCUCAACGGAGACUUCACCAUCACCUAUGACGUGAACAGAGAGUCUCCAGCCAACGUGCAGGUGGUCAACGGCUAUUUUGUGCACUUCUUUGCACCUCAAGGACUUCCAGUGGUGCCUAAAAAUGUGGUCUUUGUGAUUGACGUCAGUGGCUCCAUGUCCGGUCGGAAAAUAGAACAGACCAGGGAUGCCCUUCUCAAAAUCCUGGAGGAUAUAAAAGAGGAAGACUUCCUGAAUUUCAUCUUGUUCAGUGGAGGUGUGACCACUUGGAAAGAUCACUUAGUCCAGGCCACUCCUGAGAACCUGGAGGAAGCCAGAAUAUUUGUGAGGAACAUUCGUGAUCAAGGAAUGACCAACAUCAAUGAUGCGUUGUUGAGGGGCAUCAGUAUGCUCAACAAGGCCCGGGAGGAGCACCUCACCCCUGAACGGAGGACCUCUGUCAUCAUCAUGCUGACCGAUGGGGAUGCCAAUACUGGUGAGAGCAGACCUGAAAAAAUCCAGGAGAAUGUGCGGAAUGCCAUUCAGGGAAAGUUCCCCUUGUAUAAUCUGGGCUUCGGCAACAAUCUAAACUACAAUUUCCUGGAGAGUAUGGCCCUGGAGAACCAUGGCUUUGCCCGGCGCAUCUAUGAAGACUCUGAUGCCAACUUGCAGUUGCAGGGUUUCUAUGAGGAGGUGGCUAACCCACUGCUGACAGACGUGGAAGUGGAGUACCCCAAGAAUGCCAUUCUAGACCUCACUCAGAACAGUUACCAGCACUUCUACGAUGGCUCUGAGAUCGUGGUGGCCGGGCGCUUAGGGGAUGAGGAUACGAACAGCUUUAAGGCGGAUGUGAAGGGCCACGGGGCCCUGAACGACUUGAUCUUCACGGAGGAGGUGAACAUGAAGGAGAUGGAGGAGGCCCUGAAGGAGAGAGACUACAUUUUUGGGAACUACAUUGAGCGGCUCUGGGCCUACCUCACCAUUGAGCAGCUAUUGGAGAAACGCAAGAACGCCCAUGGCGAGGAGAAGGAGAACCUCACAGCCCAGGCCCUAGACCUGUCCCUCAAGUACCACUUUGUGACACCACUGACCUCCAUGGUGGUGACCAAACCUGAGGACAAUGAAGACCAGACAGCCAUUGCUGACAAGCCUGGGGAAGGCCAGGCCUCUGCCACCUCUGUGACUUCCUCCAGGGCCUUCCAGAGUGAGUAUAUGCCUCUACUUUUCUCCACAGCCAGCUACCAGCCUCCUCAAAACCCAUACUAUUACGUGGAUGGGGACCCCCACUUCAUCAUCCAAGUCCCAGAGAAAGAUGAUGCCAUCUGUUUCAACAUUGAUGAAGACCCGAGCACAGUGCUGCGCCUCAUUCACGACCCAGUCACAGGUCUCACUGUUAAUGGGCAGAUUAUUGGAGACAAGGAAGGCAGCCCUGACUCCAAGACCAGGAAGACUUACUUUGGGAAGCUGGGCAUUACCAAUUCUCAGAUGGACUUCCGGAUUGAGGUGACCACUGAGAAGAUCACCCUGUGGAAUGGGAUUGCACAGAGUAUUUUCAGCUGGCUGGAUACCGUCACCGUCACACAAGAUGGAAUGUCUCUGACAAUCAAUAGGAAGAAAAACAUGGUGGUUUCCUUUGGAGAUGGGGUUACCUUUGUGGUUGUUCUGCACCAGGUGUGGAGGAAACACCCAGUCCACCAAGACUUUCUAGGGUUCUACGUGGUGGACAGUCACCGGAUGUCAACACAGACGCAUGGGCUGUUGGGGCAAUUCUUUCACCCCUUUGAUUUUGAAGUGUCAGACAUCCGCCCAGGUUCUGACCCCACGAAGUCAGAUGCCACAAUGGUAGUGAAGAAUCAUCAGUUAACUGUCACAAGGGGCUCCCAGAAAGACUACAGAAAGGAUGUGAGUAGUGACAUGAAGGUCAUUUGCUGGUUUGUCCACAACAAUGGGGAAGGACUGAUUGAUGGUGUCCAUACUGACUAUAUCGUCCCCAACCUGUCCUGAGUAAACAUGCCAGCUCCUGUUGAAACAGAAGGUCUACCUUGGAUGACACCUGGAACAUGGGCACAGAAUGGGGCCUAUGAGAGGAGCCUUGGACAAUAAAGCCUAACAUGGAAACCAGUCAGCUGCUAGCCUCUGCAUGCCUUCAUGAGCCCCUGUUCCAAGGAACAGGCCUUGGGACCCGAGCAGCUCAAAGGAGAAGAUGGCUGGUAGGAAGGCAACUUUUCGAUCCUCUCAACUGAUACAGCCAAGAAAGAGUUGGUUAGGGUGGCAUUUUAGGGAGUCAAAUGCAUAAUUUCCAAAAGGAAAAAAAAUCCAAAACUGACUCUGGAGCAAAGGGGUUCUGAGAAGUCAGGCAGGGAUGAGUGCAUUUCAGAGUUCAGGAACAUCAUAAGAGCUCAGGAGCUCCUAUCAGGACCUUCAGAAGUAUAAAGUGCUCCAGGGCAGACAUGGCCCACAUCUAAGAGUGGGUGUCAU